UCAUUGUUCGUGGGAUCACGAAUAGGCCAGUCUGCAUACACACCCACUUGUUGACGGUGUCUAUUUUUAACCGAGUUACCACUUACCUGCCACAUAUGUCUUAAAUUCUUAAAGAUUAUCAGAAGGGAUAGCUCACCGAAACAAUCUUCAGGAGUCAAGAAAGUACAUUUAGAUCUGCACCUCCAUAGACAUUGCCUCGCAGCCAUUUUCGUAAUACUGAGACCAUGGGGGAGUUUAGCAGAAGCAUCAUUAUCCUGAUAUUUGCUGCUAUGUGCUUUGGCAUUACAAAUGGGGAAAUUAGUGGAAAAUGCACUUAUUCCUUUGACUGUCCAGGUCAAGAAUUCUGUGAAGACAACCACUGUAAAUGUGAAAACAUAGUGUAUUCAAAGUUACUUUACCCAGUGUGCAGUCGUUGGUUGUCUCAUAAGUCAUGCCUACAGGAUGCCUAUUGCUGGGAAAACUCCAAGUGUAUCAAUAAUCAGUGUGUGUGUGAUGAGGGCUACUACAAGAUAGGUGUUUCCUGUCAUAAAGUGCAAUUACAGAGAGUGAUGGGGAGCUGCAAAAUGACAGAUGAGGCAGUAUUGUUGUGUGAUAUCAGUAAACAUUCUGUAUGCGUAAAUAAUAUUUGUGUUUGUACCAGGGGUUACAUCCCAAGCUCAAAUGGAUCAUGCGAGCCAAAGGAAUCGUACAUGAAGAAACAUAGACUCUCUGAAUAUCGUGUUAAACCUGGGGAGUACUGCAGAGACCACGGAAAUUGUAUUUUAGGACUUGAGUGUCGGGAAUUAGAGUGCAGCUGUCCAGUCGCUUGCCAGUAUAACCAAAGUAAAGAAUUUUGUGACUGUGGAGAGUCUGAAUCAACAAAUGCACCAAUUUAUCUGGGGAUUUUUCUUGGCUUGCUUAUCAUUUUAUUCUGGUACUAUAUAAUCAAAAGAACAAUAAGGAAACACAAGAAAAUGCUGAGCCAGUUUUCAUCUCUCCCAGCUGCUGAUGAUGGGUAUGUGCCACGUUCAUAUGCACUCUCGCCUGUCCAUUCCUCCAUCCAAACGGAAACAACAGCUGAUGGCACUGCAUCACCUGCCAGCAGAACAGCUGGCACUCCAAUUCCAGGAAACACUGGCACCUCUCAAACCUACUCCAUAAAUCCCCCAACAGCACCAUCAUAUCCUGUAAAACCAGAAUCAGAUAAGCCUCCAUCAUAUUUAGACGUUAUUUCUUCACCUUUGUAUAAUCCUGAUUCAACAAGCCAGUCUCUCCCCUUUGAACCAAAUGUUCCAUAUCCUAAUUCAUCCAUCCCGUUAUCUAGUAACACUCAGCAGUCCUCCAGUCCAUUGCACUCUCUUUCAGGAAGACCACAUUCCCGUAGUUCCUCACCUAUACCACAUCAUAGUCCCACAGCAACACCAUAUCCUGUUAGUCCCCUAGCAACACCACAUCCUGGUAGUCCCUCAGCAAAACCACAUCCUGAUAGUCCCAAUGCACCACUGUAUCCUGGCAGUCCUGAUGCAACACUACGCCCAGUUAACCCUUCUGCCCCAGCUGGUGCUCCCAGUCCUUCAUAUCCACUACAUUCAUCUGUCCCUGAAGCACCACCAGCUUACAAUCCAUACUUUAAUGAGGACAGUGUUCCAGGUACUUCUGAUAAUGACAGUAAAUCAAAAGCUACUUAGUUUGGCCAAGUGCAAGGCAGACUUCUUUUAGCAAAGACUUUUCAACACUGACGAGUUUGCAGGGAAGAUUUUGGACAGGAACAUCUUCAUAAAAUUGUGGUUGUUCCAAUAUUUCUCUAAUCUUAACCUGUGGAUACCAGCAGUACAUGUAUAUAUGGAAGAUCAAGAAUGUGUACCAAGCGUCAUUGGGUUAAAUCAUAAACACAACUUAUUUUAAGAAGUAGUGCUCAUAUCUUGCUGGUUAUUGUGUCAGUGUGGUAAAUCUUCCACCAUAUUUUUCAUUUCACUAAUUGCAGAAUCAAUCUUGCAGGGAAGAAUUUACAGAACAACAUCUUAACGUUGUGAUUAUCUCUAUAUUUCUCCACUCAAUCUGAGGUUACUGGCAGUGCAAGUAUCAAGGAAGUGUACCAGGCAUCAAUGAGUUAAAACAUGCCACACGUUUUUUUUUUUUUUAACGGUUGGUUUUGGCACAUUUUUUUUCUUAAUGAGAUAUAGUGCUCAUAUCUAACUAGUCACUGCCCAUUGUGGUGAUUCAUCCACCAUACUUUUCAUUUCAGUAAUUGUAAAAUUAAAAAGCCAAAAAAGUAAAAUCUCCAACACAGGAAAAGUAACAAAUUUUCAUCUAUAAACUAUAUAGCCUGUUAUUUAUUGGAGUUCCUAUUUGAUUAUUAUGUGAUUAGUUAAUGAUAAGCCUGGUGAUGUAAAUUUCAGUGAUUGUAAUGGAUACUGAAUACUAAAAUAACAAAAUUCACAAUCACAUUAGUGUUCUCAGAAACAGUUCAUCAUCAAAAACAGAAUAUUCUUCAAUAAUAAUGAAAAUUGGUUAAAAAAAAAAAUAAAUGAGAGAGAAUUGUUUGAAUGGUAAUAUUUUAGGAAAAUUUGAGAAAUUGAUGUGCAAAGUUUUCCAAAUAUUACAAGCUCUAUUUCAAAUAAAAUUUGGCCUUUGAUGAAUUGCAGUAGAUAUCCCAGUAUCCAUGUUUCAUGAUAACAUAUAAGUGAACAUGUGUUCAUUAUAUCAGUGGGAGUAAAGUGGAGAGGUAGGUGCUUUGAUAGGGAGAGCCCCCCCCCCCCACUUUGAACUGAAUGUCAAGAUUUUCUCCAUUAUUAUGCUUUUCAUGCAGCAGCUGCAGCUUUUGAAGCAUUUUGCUUUUAAAUGUUCCUGUUACUUUUGGGCAUUUUUUACAGCCCACUUUGUAAUUGUGAUACUGGGAACUUGGUGUGGCACAGAGCUGUCAAAUGCAAUCAUUGUCCCUUACAUAUUUAUGGAAGGUGAGUGGGUUUGCAACAGUAUUAUACUUUGUUCAUGACAUGAGAUAUGGUUCAAAGCCUACCUUAUGUGAAAAAAAAAUAUGAGAAGAAUAAAAUUCAAACUAUAUGUCAUAUGCUCUUGGCAUCCCAAUGGAAUCAGAAUAAAUAGGACUAAAAUAUUACAGGCAGACAGCAAAAUGUGUACUUAUAAGAUGGCGAAUCUUUGUAUUUUUUCUUAUUUCCAAACUGUUUUUGCAUUCCAAAUAGUAAAUAUAUGUCCUUAAACAUGAAAAUGAGCACAAAGAUUCAUAAACUUGAUAAUUUAUAUUAGCAAUUGGUUUCAUGUAUAGCUAAACUAAAAUGUUUUGUUUAAAAUAUAACUUAAAUUAAUCAUUGCCCAAAACAUAGAAACAUGUUUAACAACCAAAUGAGUUUACAGACACUUAUUAGUGCCUUCAGUAUAACAGGAAAUCAAAAUCAAAUAUUCCUAUAAAUGUAUAAUGCUAGAUUAACUUGAUUUUCUAAACCUUGUUCCAGUAAGCAGAUAACAGAAAAAUACUCAAUGAAUAUGAUGCAACUAAUUUCUUUCUCGUUGCAAAGAUAGCCAGGAUAAAUUUAUCUAUCCCUUGGUCAUUAAUUUACAGGUGUCUCCCACUUGACGGUUAAUAACACUUGAAAGCAACCCACUACUUUCACAGUGAAGGUCCCCUUUACAGAGUAUGAAGGUAGUUGUAAAGUUUGAAAAAUAGUUGAAAUAUAUACAUAAUGAAUCAGAUGUAUUUAUUAAGUUACAACUGCUUUACCAGCCACUAGGUGACAGGGACUUGAUUUAUAUAAUUACUUACAUUUGUGCUAAAAGUAACUAUACAAGUUUGGGUUCCAAACCGUCCAAUAUUUGUUUUCUUCAUUAGGAGAUAUAUAUAUGUAGCCUGUUAAAUUUCAGUGCUGAAUUCUAUAAUGUAAGUUGUUGUUGACAAUUAUUUUCUGUUUUUUUUGACAAAAAAAAAAAAGAAAAAGAAAGAAAGAUGAAAAACAGAGAUGGGAAAGUGCUAAGAAUUUUGUCUAGUUAAGGAAGUUAGAAUUGUUUAUGUUCUCUUUUCUUAAUUGUUUACAUUAAUCAUUAUAUUGCAGUAUUUCAGUAUGAAGGCCUUGUCCCAAGAAUCAUCAAAAAGUUUUCUUAGCUGUCUAGAUUUUGUAAUAUUUUAUAUUUGUAAGAAAUUAGAAAUUUUCAAUCAGGCAAAUGAAGAUAUAGUUAUGUAGUAAUUUUUAAUUGUACUUAUUUGUCUUUAAUCCUUUUUUCAAGGAAGUGGAAGUUGUUUUUGUGUGCAGUAUAUCAUUGUAGUAGAUUUUAUUUUAAUAUUUUUGUAAUAAGGAACAAAUGCCCUGUACAGUAGAAUGGCUCAUGUAUCUACUGUGUGGGUUAAAUAUUUUUAACCCAUGAGCACUCAUAUUAAUCCAUUAGUUUAUUUUGUUAAGAAUAUAUUAAGACAUGUAUGACUUUGUAGUUUGCAUGUGAAAUGAUAUAAAAAAAACUCCAUUAAUGGCAGUGUUUCAGUAGAGUGAGAAUCUCAUUUUGUGGCCAUAAUUAGCAAUGAGUGGGACGUGUUCUCACUAGUCGGUCAGAAUAUGGGCAGCAUAUUUUCUGUACUGAUAAAGAGCCUUAAAGAGAGAUCUUCUGUUUAUUUGUGUGCAGAUCCAGCUUAAAUACCAUAUAAUAUCUUAAGAGUUAUUGUAUAGAUCUUAGGCCUUGUAUAUCUAUGCCUGCAUCUAUAUUUUUACCUUUGCAUCUGCAGGGGUGAAUGUGCAAAAGGCUUCAGACCAUGUGACAACUAUAUGUACUUUCAUAGUAGUUACCAAAGGCAACUUUAGAUCCUAGUUACACCUUUCUUUGCCAUCACAAGCUUUUGCUUCCAGUCAGUGGAAUGUGUAACCCUGUUGCAGAGGGCAAUAUCAUUGGAUUGUCAGGCAGCUCUUACAGCAGCUUUGAGUUUGGAGGUCGUUGAUGCUUUCUGUGAAUUCAUAGAGCAUUGCAUUACGAGAGAGAGAGAGAGAGAGAGAGAGAGAG